AUGUUGCUAAAUCAGAAAGUUGAACAAUUAGAAGAAGAGCUUGAAAUCUUUAAAAAUCCUGUCACAAACAAAAGAUCAUUGCAGCAGUUGAGAAAAGUGGAGAAGGAGGCAGAACAAAAAGCCAAUGAGAAAAGACAAAAAAAAGAAAUAGCUCUUCAAAAAAAAUUAGCUCAUGAAGCUGAAAAGGUGCAAAAACAAGAAGCGCAAAGAAAAAAAAAGAGGAUACGGAACAUUGCAUCAAAUUAG